GUGAGGGAGUGGACUGGCGGCCUUGACGACGAAGGCGUCACGUUGAGCAGCGGCGAGGAGGCGGGGUGAAGGUGACGAGUUGGGGCAAGCGGUGAAGCGCCUGGGGUCCAAGGAGGCAGAGCACGAUCUGUCGAGGUUGACUGCAUCCACUGGUCGUGCCAUUUGUGUAUAUGUAGCGGUUUAGUUGCGCCGUUUACAGCUUCGCCGUUUACAGGUUGGUGGUGGGUCACGACGACUUGCUGGUGAUGGCAACCAUAGCGCGGGGCCCCGACUCUGACGUCGUUGGGUGGCAAACAUUGUGCCUGUACCGAGUCGUGACCAACCAAACCAUCGACCAUCUCGACUCGGACACGACGACGACUACCACACUUUGCAACCACACACUCACCAACAUGGAUAUCGACACGGCCACCAAGCCCCCAUCAGCGCCCACGACAGCAGAUCUACGAUCCCGCGGCCGCAUAUCCGUCGCUGACCUGUGCCGAAAGCUACCGCCUGCCCCGCGGUCGAAGCCGCCGGCCCCAGGGUACCGUUUCCGGCCUCCGCGACAUUCUCUCCAGCAGCCGGCACCGGUCGAGUCACAGCCUGACGAGCCACAGCCACCCCGGCGCCCUCCCGUCACGCCACUACCGCUUACAUACACCACGUACCCGCACCUCGUCAACCUGGUGCUCGAGCAGGCCGACCUCGAGACGACACUGUCCUGCCGGCUCGUGUGCCGCUCGCUCAAGGCGGAUGUCGAUCGCCUCUUGGAGAAGAGCACACGCUACCCAGAGCCAGGGACCCAUGGCGGCCGCUUCAUGCACCCCCGGAUCGACGGGCUCUCGAGGGCGAUGAUACCCCCCUACACCGUCGUCGACCACAUCUACCUCGACGCCAGAGAGGUCACGAACCAGCUCUGGCUGCCGCUCACGACGCGCCGCCAUGUAGUGGUCCUCUCGUUUAACCCCCGAGCCCCGCCAUUCACCGCCAUGCCCAUCUGGCCCGAGAUCCUGUCUGGGGGACACUUGCUUCGAAUGCCGAGCAUCCCCAGCCCAAACAGGCGGCCGGUGUACCCCGAGCUUUUGGAUCUCGCGUUCGCUCCUCGCCUUGCGGACGCAAAAUGUAACUCGGAGAACGAUCCAAGCUCGGAUCACGAGUCGCAACCGGAUCUUGACACCCGCUGGACCCAGAAGGUGGGCUUUGCCUGGGGCCCCCGUCCGCACGGCUUCUUCGGCCACAUCGUGCACAACCUUGCCGUAGCCGGCCACCUGCGGCUUGGCUCGGUGCGGCUUCGGGGUCUCGAGACACUGCCGUUGGGGCUCCCCUGCGAGUCAUCCAGGACGAAGUGCGGGCCUGUGCAGGGAGAGGACCUGAGCUCGGGCUCUGGCGCUGGCCUGCAGACAUUGAUGAGUGUUUGGAUCGACUGUCUGCGGGACAGAACGAGUGGUAGCAAUGCAAAUGUGAUGGUUUGAAGCUGGCGCGGCGUUCACCAGCCAAAAGUCACCCCGUGAGGAGCGGGAUUCGUUGACACCCCGUAUUCUUUCGGCAGCUUAGCUUAGACAUUGACCACGCGUG